AUGAAGUUAAGUAAAUCCGAGGAAAGCUCCUGACGCGUGGAGGUUACCAGGCCCACACAUCUCCAUCUGAUCGAUUUAAGACCUUCAUUGCUGCCUCCCGUUGCCCCGAGAGCAGGUCGCGGUAAACGCAAGGCCACCAGCCUAAUUCUGGUGGAUGAUCCCAUCGAAAUGACAACUGCUGACCUCCGAGCCAAUUUAACUGAUGCCAAAGAAUUUCUGCUGCGAAGAGCUGAUGUCCUUGCUCCACCGUCAAGUUUCACUCAUCCACGACGUCUCCUCUCACUCAGCGUUCCGCGGUUGCUGGCCCUACCUGCUAAUUGGGAGACGGCAUUGAGUGUGUCUUUAGGAGAUUGCUGGAAAUCCAAAAGACGUCUUUGUGAGGCCCUGUCUCCCAUUGAUCUGCUGGAAGUGGAGCGUCCGCAACCCUCAAAGUCGAGCCUGGAAGCCGUGCGUGAAUCGGACUUGGAGGCCUCCAAAGAGGAGGCCCGUGCACAUGGCACAUCCUCUUUCCUCCUACCCCCCUCCGUGUCUUCCCUCAUUGGAGCAAGCGCCCUCGACAUGACUAUCCAACAGAGUGCUCAGGAGGCCAAGGAAACCAGCACAACUGUUUCUGCGGAGGCAGGACAGCCGUCCAAACGGCCGGUCAUUCUCGAAGAAGAGGAGGAGCAGCACCAGCAGGAGAAAGUCAAGAAGCCUGUAGAGGCAGUCACAGCGCCCCCGGUGCCGGUGGCGGAGGAAUUCCCAACACUUUUAGAGACAACUGUACAACCUCCCCAAGAAAUGCCUGAGGAACCUCCACUUGUUGGUGCAGUCGCAGCUCCCCCAGUGCCGGUGACUGAAGAAUUUCCAACACUUUUAGAGACGACUGUACAACCUCCCAAAGAAAUGGCCGAGGAACCUCCACUUGCGGGUAGGUUUUUGUCCUUUUUAAUCGUACUAAAUCCGGAGGCCAGUUGUUGGGGUUGA